CUGCAGUCAUCUGAAGACUAAAGCUUUAAGUUUAAAAGAUGAUGAUAACCACCAAAGUAGAGUUUAGGGCACAGGUCUGUUUAUAUCUCAUGAUGAUCCUAAUAACAGGUCAGACUCUAGCCUUUAUGCCCUGGUCUUUGUUAACUGGGAAGUCAAAGACGCACAAGAACAUAACUCGUGAUGCAAUUCUACAGACAGCAGCUGAUGUCUGCAAAUUCCAAGCAGACCUGAGGGGACAAAAAAUUAAUCUGGCAGAAUUGACUGUAAAGUCAGUAGCAGAAGCUUGUUCCUCUACUGAUUCAGGCAAAGAUUUUAAAAGCAGCAUUGAGGAGAUAAAUAGUCACAAUGCCUGGGUCGAUGUUUGGCAUCAAUUUAGUCCAGAGUACCAUUUCGAUAGCGAGUCAUUUCAGGCUGGACGGGAUCUUAUUACUAAAGGAAUUUAUGCCGUCAAACGCAGUGUGGAGCAGCAGAGCUAUGAAACUGCCAGGACGGAACUUGGUAAAAUCUUACACACUUUGCAGGAUUUCUACAGUCAUAGUAACUGGAUUGAACUGGGAAAGAAAGAACCUUACUCCAACCUGAUUAAACCUGACACCCCACUUGACAACAUAGCAGAUUCAGAAACAUGCAGAAGGUGUUAUAGUGGUGACUGCCAAAAUAACAUCCUGGAAGAGGUCAUUGCACAACAGAAACUAACUUCUGGAUACUUUGGGAAAUCCAAACCACCAGGAAAGUGCAGCCAUGGAGGAAUAUUUGAUGUAUCAAGUUGGUGGCAAGGUGGCAUAAAUAAGGAUGAAUUAACAUCCUGUCAUGGUCAUCUACAUGAAAAAGCAGCGUCAGUGGCCAUUGCUGCAACCAAAGAACUGCUGCAAGAUAUUCGAGCGACAGUUGGAGAUUCUAAAUUUCUCAGAUUGAUGGGACUCAGACAGACAUCAGUGAUGUGUUUAGUUAUUGACACCACUGCAAGCAUGUCUGAUGAUAUCGCCGAAGUCAGAAGAAUCACUUCAUCUAUUAUUGACAGAAAGACAGUCACUGCAGCUGAACCUUCACAAUACAUCCUGGUGCCAUUUAACGACCCUGGUUAUGGGCCACUUAUAAAAACAGCUGAUCCUAAUGAGUUUAAACAGAAAAUCAAUGGACUUACAGCUAAAGGUGGAGGAGAUGGUCCUGAAAUGUCUCUCUCAGGACUUCAGCGGGCCCUCGCUGGAGCUCCAGCCCAGACUGAGAUUUUUGUUUUUACUGAUGCUGAGGCAAAAGAUAACUGGAUGGCAAGCACGAUCAAAGCACUGAUUGAAAAAACAAAGUCUACAGUGACCUUUUUGCUAACUAACGCUAUUGGCUCUCGACGUCGCAGAAGGAGGGCCAGGGACGUAGAUGGGCAACAGACAGAGUCCACUGACUUGUCGAAUCCACUUAAUCAGGUCUACCUGGACCUAUCUCAGGCCUCUGGAGGGCAGGCGAUCGAGAUCACCAAGGAGACCCUGGCUCAAGCUACCGACAUUAUUGCAGCUACCUUUAUAUCUACACUGGUUACUCUUUUUCAGGCCAUAAGAAACCCAGCCAAAGCUGAAAACUUCUCAGUAUUUGUGGAUUCGUCUGUGCAAAAUCUAACAAUUUUCAUCACAGGCAACUCUCUAAAAUUCUUGAUCACCAGUCCCUCAGGAGUCUCACAAAGCAGUGCUGAACUAAACGGGGCAUUGGGCCUGAUAGAGAACAUUGGUAACUUCUAUACGGUGCAACCAAAUAUCUCAACUCAGACUGGACUGUGGCUCUUCAGUAUUGACUCAACACAGCCAUACACCAUCAGAGUUGUUGGUGAAAGCAAGAUUGACUUCAUUUUUGACUUUGUAGAACUUUCCCAAGGGGCUCAUCCGAGCUAUGCUGUAUUAAACGGGAGGCCUGCAGCCAACAAUAACCUUACCCUGUUGGUCUCCAUGAUUGGUGGGGACAGUGUGACACCUACAGCAGUGACUUUGGUUGAAGCCUUAAGUUCAAACUCUUUUAAUGGGACACUAGAAGAAGUAGAUAGUGGUCAAUACUUCGUGACCUUCAACAGCACCCCAGAAGGAGAGUUUACUGUUCGUGUAACUGGACAAAUAUUUUCCUCUAAACCUUUGGACGGCAUCUUUCAGAGACAAACACCAACUCAAUUCCGAACAUCAUCAGUGACUCUUAUUACUCAACCUGUUGAAACAGUGGAACCAGGAAAACAAAUCACACUGCCUUUCACAGUGGCAACCACAGGCUCUGGAGGAAGCUUUAAUAUCAGUGUCAGCAAUGAUCGCAGUUUUGACAGUCUCUUUAACACGUCCCUAACUCUCGAGAGUGGAGGCAGUGCGAAUGGUACAGUAGCUCUGACUGUUCCUGCAAAUGCUUCCUCUGGAACUGAUGUAACUGUGACAAUUCAAGCUGAAGCUCCUGAUGGAAGCGACUCAAACUAUGCAGUGCUGCGUCUUGCUGUCAUCGCUCCGGUAACAGAUUUAACAUCUCCAGUGUGUGAGGCAGUUAGUGUAAAUGCUAACUGUCCAGCCAAGUGCAGCGGCUCCUCAUGGUCUCUCACUGCCAACGUGACUGAUAGAAACGGAUCAGGCGUUCAGAAUGUGAGAAUCCUCCAGGGAAACGGCAAACUCUCCACCACCUCUGUGCUCAGUGACAAAGGCGUGAAUGUCACUAUGAUUGUCUACAACUCCUCUUGCUGUUCCCCAGACCUGGAACUGGUUGCUGUAGAUGAAGAGGGAAAUGUUGCCACCUGCUACAAAACUGUAAGAGCCACAGCACCGAUCACCAGCGCUGCACCCCAUGUAAUGGCAAUCAGCUUGUUUUUGUCACUCAUUCUUGGUUACAUGUAGGAGGCUACCGCUAGGGGGGAAAAAAUCUGAAUUUAAAUUAGAUUGAUACUCGGGCCAACACAAUGCCUGUUAAGUAGUGCUUUUACUUAUUAAUGACAGCAUUA